AUGUCUUUGAAGACCAUUGAAGAUGUGCCUCUUCUCAAUACCAGUUUGCGUAUAAUGAAAUUUUGGUCAUUUCUAUUGCAACACAACUGGCGCAGAUAUUCAUGUUUGAUACCGUACAUUAUGAUCAAUACUACACAAUUUUUGGAUAUUUAUUUUAGUACCGAACCCAUUGAUGCCGUGGUCCGUAAUGCUUAUAUAGCGGUUUUAUUUUUCAAUACGAUUUUGAGAGCUGUGCUAUUGUGCAUUAAUCGUUUUGAGUAUGAGAAAUUUAUGGAAAAUAUACGUUUAUUGUAUAUUGAAUUGAUGGAAUCUGAAGAUAAGGCUACACGCAAAAUGCUUCACGAAACAACUUUAGCCUCUAGAUUUAUUUCGAAAAUCAAUUUAUUUAUGGGCACUUGCUCUUGUAUUGGAUUUAUAACUUAUCCGAUAUUUGCCACAUCAAGGGUUUUACCCUUUGGCAUGUAUGUACCCGGUAUUGAAAAAUACGAAAGUCCUUUCUAUCAAAUCUUCUUUAUAUGUCAAGUAAUCAUUACACCCAUGGGCUGUUGUAUGUAUAUACCGUUUACCAAUCUGGUAGUGGCAUUUAUACUUUUUGCCAUUUUGAUGUGUAAAGUAUUGCAACAUAAAUUGAGAAAUUUGAAAGACGUAAGUAGUGAACAAGCCCGAGAAGUCAUUGUAUGGUGUAUAAAAUAUCAAUUGGAAUUGAUAAGAUACGUAGAUACUAUUAAUAAUUUGACUACUCAUACAUUUUUAGUGGAAUUUUUAGCCUAUGGAGCCAUGUUAUGUGCCAUGUUAUUUUUAUUAAUUAUUGUCGAAACUUUGGCCCAAAUGAUUAUUGUUAGCAUUUAUAUAUUUAUGAUACUUUCCCAGAGUGUGAUCAUGUAUUAUUUUGCCAACGAGUUAUACGAUCAAAGUUUAUUGGUGGCCAAUGCUGCUUAUGAUUGUAAUUGGUUUGAGUUUGAUGUGUCCACUCAAAAAUAUUUGAAAUUAUUGAUCUUAAGAUCUCAAAAACCUUGUUCUAUAUUAGUGGGCAAAGUAUAUCCCAUGAAUUUGGAAAUGUUACAAUCUUUGCUUAAUGCCACCUAUUCUUAUUUUACAUUAUUGAAACGAGUUUAUAGCUAAAUCAAAGGAGAUUGAAAGAUAUAUAUUUUUGAACAUUAAUAACAUCAAAAUUGCAUGCACCUUUUGAAAUUGUAGAGAAAUAUGAUAUAGAAAUAUAGAUUCAUGCUUUUAAUUUAUUAAA